GUGUGUGUGUGUGUGUAGAAGUGAUGAAUUGAAAACUGAGUCACAGGAUAAACAGCCCCCCUCUAUUUUAUGGUAGGAUGUGUUAGGUGCAGUCUCAUCCUCUGCCCUCUGGCUAACAGGCUGGAGAGACAAACUUGUCCAGCCCCAUGCCCUCACUGAUUCUUCAUCUUUCUAUUCAUUAGGGUCACAGAGUGACUCUCUAUUAUCUAUUUAGAAGAGUGACUCUUCUAAAAAGAAGAGAGUGUUGAGGCGUCAGAAAGACAGCAGUCAGACUUGAAAGGCCAGGCUUCUUUUGAGGAAAAGGAAAAUCUCUUUGGAUUGGAGAAAUGCCCAGGUUUUUUUUUCUCUAGAAACUCCAUUAUAGGAGGAUCCAUGUUCAAUAUAACCUAAAGGAGUUAAUAUCAAAAUGGAGCUAAUGGGGAGGGGGUUUCAUGACUUGGUGCCAUUGGAAUUAAAAUCCAUAGUGAAGGUCUCCAGAGUCAAUGUGACUAAGAUGAAUCAGUCAGGAUUCAGUAAAAUGGGAGAGUAAUUGGAACAUACAGGAUCACUCAGGAAGUUUCCUAGAUUAAUUUGACUUUCUAGAGAAAUGAGAGAAAUUAGGGUGAUUAGAGAGGAUGUCAUUGAGGAAUUUCCAGGUGAGUGUGAUGUGGUGGAAUAUUCUAAUCACUGAGAGAAUCAGUUUCUGAGGUCAGUGUGACUAGAAGGUAAGUAAGGAGGGCCCAGUUAGUGGCAAGUGUCCACAAUCAAUGUGACUGUUGAGUCACUGGAGAGUGUCCAAGGUUUAAGUAUAACUGGGCUGGGUCAUUUUUGGAAAUCCUGGGAAGUGUAAGGGAAGGAGUCAGGAAGAAAUUCUUGGGUCAAUAAGGGAAUUCCAUAAAAUGAAGAGAAUGCUGUAUUUGAAAUCCCGGGGGAAUCCGAGUUUCACAGUCAGCUCUACGAAUUACCUCCAGUAUGAUGAUGGGCAAGUCAUAACAUCUCUGAAUCUCGUUUCCUCAUAUAUAAAAUGAGGAGGUUGUUCCAAGAGACCUCUAAAGUACCUUUUAGCUCUCAAUCUAUGAAUCUACGAUCCUAGAAGCAGUGCCCAGGAUAGAUCUGGGGGGAGGGGAGCAAAGGGGAUGAGGUUUAAUAUGCUAUUAGGGUUUUCUGUCUCAGUCAUAUUUUCUAUCUUCCCAAUAAGAGAGAUUCGGAAGUCUGUUUUGAGAAGUCUACGUGUUGGUUAGUAAGCUGAAGGAAAACGGGAGCUGGCAGAGUCACGGCAUUUGGCUAACCACCAGUACUUGUGGGGAUUGAAUGUGUCACCAAGUCCCAUUAGGACCGGUCUCAUAACACUAGGAAGUCUGAACCCACCGCCCCAGGAGAACUGUCUCUUCUGCAGCCUUGGGCUGCUCAGGAUGAACAAAGGACGAGGUGGCCAAAUCAAGGUGUUUAGUCUAAGGUGUAAGAACUACGUCUCGGUGCGGGUUCCUCGGGGGACCACAAGAGCUAGGGUGGAGAAAGGACUGGGCGAGGUGGGAGGAGGGGAGUUAGAACAGAACUAGGGUUCUUUAGGACCCAGAGCGGCGCCUCUAUCAGCAGGCGAAUGCGGCUGCGCGAGCUGAGUGCCAGUGUCCGGAGACCGACCGGGCUGGCUGGACUGGGACUGAGCCGCAGCCACAGAGGCAGCACCUACCCCGGCAGCAGCCUAGUCGGCGGCUGCCGCCUCUCGGCUCUUGCGCCGCCCCCAGCCUGCCCAGCCCUAGGGACUUCCUAGGUGCAGCGCCGCCUUCCACAGUCCGGGAUCCCUCUGCGGCCAGAGCCAACCCACGCCGAGCCCAGCGGUUUGUGUCUGCAGAGAGCCGCCUCGGAGGAGCGGGACGCGGGAGGAUAAGGAACCCAGCCGGAGACCGAGCUCGGGCACCAGGACUAACCCCCAGAGCAGCGCAGCCCAGCCCAGCCUAGCUUCGGGAGCUGUCCUUUCAGCACUGUGCCCCGGGGAAACAAGGGAAGCCUAACCGAGAAGAGGAGCGGAGUAGCGAAGCAGAGAAGAGAGGAGGAAGAUUAGAAGGAAAGGGAGAGGGAGAAGGAGAAGAAAGAGAGGGAGAAGGAACAGGAGGAGGAGAGGCGCAGAGGAGCGCACAGCGCAGAGGCGCACAGGAAGGCGACAAGAGAGCAACUCGAGGGCCCCGCUGCCUACUGGGUCCGGCAAUUCCUCCGGGAGGCUGCACUGGGAGCAGGGCAGGCGAGCGGGACCGGAGGGAAGGGAGCCCAGGAGAAGGAGAACGGAGCCAGAGGCUCCCUCCGCUCUGUCUCCGCUCCAAGCUGCGUCUCCGGUGGCCCGCUUUUUUCCUCGCCUGUGCCGGGGGCUGGGAGGUUGCUGGUAAUUCUUCCCUCCCCCCUCCCGGAGGGAGGAACCAAGAAGCCCCCGCCUUCCAGUCCCUCUCUUCCCAUCCUCUGGACCCCAGGAAAGCGACUCGUUCUACCCCCAAACGCAGGCGCCUUGUCCUCCUGCUGUCUCCGGGCUCUCGAAGGCUCCUCGAUUUUCCCUCAGAUUAUUUAUUUAUUUAUGUAUUUAUUCUCACGCUGCUGCUGAGAUGGGAGCACGAGCCCGGCCCCCUCCUCCUCCUCCUCCUCUUCCCCCGGCCCGCAGCUGAGCACCUCCUUCAGCCUCCCUCCCCACCUUCUUCUUCCUCCUCCUCUUUAGCUGGACACCUCUACUGCCUGUACACAUCUGGCAACAAGAUUCCCCCCCCCCCCCUCCCGCGACCCACACAGCCUCCAAGGGCUCGUUGUCUCUUUCCAUCUCACUCCGAUUGAUAGAGGCAGAGGUUGGAGAGGGGUGGCGGGAGGGGGGAGGGCUUUUGUAUUUGGGGGACUGGAACUGUCAGAGGUGCUAGGGGAGCCGGGUCGCCGCCGCAGGGUAGGGGGCGGGGCGGUGAGAGGAGAGACAGUCUAACUGUGAAGGCGCAGCUCCUUCCAGCCUGCCCUCCUGCAGGUGCCGCUCUUCGCUGCACCCCCCCUUCCCAGGGUCUUGGGGAGAAAGACACCGUUCCCCACUAUCCACAACAGCCCCCGAAUCCCACCCCGCCGCUCCCAUGGGUGCCCUUGGCCUGCGACAUGCCUAAGGGGAAGCCGCGAUGGGCCAAGGCGACGACAGCGACCGCAUCGUGAUCAACGUGGGCGGGACGCGGCACCAGACGUACCGCAGCACCCUGCGCACCUUGCCCGGGACCCGGCUCGCCUGGCUGGCCGAGCCCGACGCCCACAGCCACUUUGACUAUGACCCGCGCUCAGACGAGUUCUUCUUCGACCGGCACCCGGGCGUGUUUGCGCAUAUCCUGAACUACUACCGAACGGGCAAGCUGCACUGUCCGGCUGACGUGUGUGGACCUUUGUACGAGGAAGAGCUGGCCUUCUGGGGCAUCGACGAGACGGACGUGGAGCCCUGCUGCUGGAUGACCUACAGGCAGCACCGCGACGCAGAAGAAGCCCUCGAUAGCUUCGGCGGCGCGCCUCUGGACAACAGCGCCGAGGACGCGGACGGAGAUGGCGCGGGCGACUCCGGGGACGGGGAGGACGAGCUGGAGAUGACCAAGGGCCUGGCGCUCAGUGACUCACCCGACGGCCGCUCGGGCGGUUUCUGGCGUCGCUGGCAGCCACGGAUCUGGGCGCUCUUUGAGGAUCCCUACUCAUCCCGCUACGCGCGGUACGUGGCUUUUGCCUCCCUCUUCUUCAUCCUGGUCUCCAUCACCACCUUCUGCCUGGAGACCCACGAGCGGUUUAACCCCAUCGUGAACAAAACCGAAAUCGAAGUCAUUAGGAAUGGCACCCAGGUGCGCUACUACCGGGAGGCGGAGACCGAGGCCUUCCUGACCUACAUCGAAGGGGUGUGCGUGGUCUGGUUCACGUUCGAGUUCCUCAUGCGGAUUGUCUUCUGCCCCAACAAAGUGGAGUUUAUUAAGAAUUCCCUGAACAUCAUCGACUUUGUGGCCAUCCUGCCUUUCUACCUGGAGGUCGGACUCAGCGGCCUGUCUUCCAAAGCCGCCAAGGACGUCCUGGGCUUUCUGAGAGUGGUCCGGUUCGUGCGCAUCCUGAGAAUUUUCAAGUUGACCCGCCAUUUUGUAGGCUUGCGGGUCCUGGGCCACACCCUCCGCGCCAGCACCAACGAAUUCUUGCUGCUCAUCAUUUUCCUGGCCUUGGGGGUCUUAAUCUUCGCCACGAUGAUCUACUACGCUGAGAGGAUAGGUGCUCAACCCAACGACCCUAGCGCCAGCGAGCACACGCACUUUAAGAACAUCCCCAUCGGCUUCUGGUGGGCGGUGGUCACCAUGACGACACUGGGCUACGGAGACAUGUACCCGCAGACGUGGUCGGGCAUGCUAGUGGGGGCGCUGUGUGCGCUCGCCGGGGUGCUGACCAUCGCCAUGCCCGUGCCCGUCAUCGUGAACAAUUUCGGAAUGUACUAUUCCUUAGCCAUGGCUAAGCAGAAGCUACCAAAGAAAAAAAAGAAACACAUUCCGAGACCGCCGCAGCUGGGAUCCCCCAAUUAUUGUAAAUCUGUCGUAAACUCUCCACAUCACAGUACUCAGAGUGACACAUGCCCGCUGGCCCAGGAAGAGAUUUUAGAAAUUAACAGAGCAGAUUCCAAACUGAACGGGGAGGUGGCCAACGCCGCGCUGGCGAACGAAGACUGCCCCCACAUAGACCAGGCCCUCACGCCCGAUGAGGGCCUGCCCUUUACCCGCUCGGGCACCCGCGAGAGAUACGGACCCUGCUUCCUCUUAUCAACCGGGGAGUACCCGUGCCCGCCUGGUGGAGGAAUGAGAAAGGAUCUUUGCAAAGAAAGCCCUGUCAUUGCUAAGUAUAUGUCAACAGAGGCAGUGAGAGUGACUUGACAAGGCCAGAGGACCGAGGACACUGGUGGCUAAAAAAAACAUCUGGGUGGAUCUGCAGCCCCUCCUCACCCUUGGACAGAGUCAAUCCCGCCACGCAGGUUUGCAGGAUGAGUCCGCGUGGUUUUUUGGGCCUUAUUCUAGGAUGGACAUAGGCUUUCUCUGCAACCCAAUGGUAACAAACUGUAGAAGAUUUUUUUUUCUUUUGAUUUUGGUUUUUGGUUUUUUUUGGGUGGGGGGGAGGGAGGGCUUCCUUAGCAUGAUUUGCAUGAAGUAACUAGAAAAACAGACAAACCACAAACCUACAAUUGUAUGACUCAUGUAGAAGCAGAAAAAUCAGAGAGAAGCUUCUAAAAAAAAUUUUUUUUCAAUGUUCUUUUACUUUUUACAUACAUUGUUGUAGCCAGACUGUGAAGUCUUCACAAACCUGUAUGGUUCUUUCUUCUUCUUCUUCUCCUCCUUCUUUUUCUUCUUCUUUUUUUUGUUUUCCUUUUUUGUUUUUUUGUUUUGGUACACAAGAUACAGAGUAAUGGUUUUUUAAAAAAAAGGGCGAUCGGCCUGUCAUCGGUCAUAUUGACCAUGCCUUCAUAGUUCAUCUCUCCUAUGGAAACCCACCGAGAACUUUGAUUCAAUUAGAAUUGUGAGAAUACACCACCUCCACAGUCCUCCCUCUCUGUUUCCCUCCGCAUGUGUGUGACCCAUGGACCUCUCCCAGGACCCAUGACGACAUAUCAUAGUCUUGAUCAAUUGCCCAGCUCUGGUUCUGUUGUAUUCCAUUGGUGUAGAGACCCACCGUGAGUGCCCUUCGUGGCCAAUUGUUCGUUAUGAGUAAAGUCUGGAUUCUCCAAAUGUUACUUUGCCAACGGGACUAAGAGAACCCAAAAGAUCAGGAGACCACUGGGGAGAAACUUGUCUCCAGAUUUAUUAAAAGAACAACCAGCAUUGUAUGCAGUUAGCAUUUCACAGUAAAGAUGCAUGCCCCAUGUUAUGCAAAACAACUCUAGCAUGAAAUAAAUUUUGUCUCAUGGUUUCCGUGCCUGCUGUAUAGUCUAAAGCAGAUUUGUUUCUUGAAGCAUUCAGAGGUUUGCAGAGAUACACUUCUGAAUAGCAAAUAAAUAUAUUUUCCCAUUAGAAAUAGGACAGUACCUUGACUUUGGUCUGAUUCCAAAAUGGGGGGGAGGGAAAAGAAAUGAUAUUUUUGGAAAAAAUGCUAUAGUUUUUAAAAAAUGCAACAUCUUGAGCUUUCACAAGCAGUGACCAGCAUUUCCUGCAAAGACAGAAAUGACCCUUUCUCUCAAUAUUCUCACCCCAUCUCCUCAAUAAUAAAAAGUUGACUUUUGAGUUGA